AUGGGAUUCCACCUCUACCGUACAGUCUUAAAGCCGGUGCUGGUGAGUACCAAUGGUCAAGCACCCAUUGCAGUAACUUGUUGUGGGAAGGGCUGGAUGGUGGUUGUUUCGCAUGAGGGAAUCUUGAAGGACUGCAGGUUUUCCCGGUUCCUCAGAAAUGCUGUGGACUGGCUCAGGCCCUCCCCUGGGGCCCUGGUUGGGGUCCAUCAUCGUUUGGAUUCCCUCUCCCAGCUGCUCCUCAGUGCUGGCACCAAAGUACAGGCUGGGGCAGAGCUCAGCACCCCUCUAGGGGUGUACUGUAUGGAUGCCUAUGACAGUACUCACGCAAAGACCCUGAUUCACUUUGUAAAGGAAGGUGGGGGCCUGCUCAUUGGAGGCCAGGCCUGGUACUGGGCUAGUCAACAUGGCAAGGAGAAGGUGCUGUUUGAAUUUCCUGGGAACCAGGUGACCAGUGUGGCUGGUGUGUACUUCACAGGCAUUAAGGGAGUAAUUGGCACUUUCACAGUGUCCAAAGCAAUGCUGAAGGUUCCUCUGAUCACCCAAUAUGGAUUGGAUGUGAAAAAAAAUUUAGUUCUUUUGAAGGGAGUGACUGAAUUCAAGGUAGAAGUUGGCAGCUGUCACUCCAAUGACCUCAGUCAUGCUGAGGAGCUGCAGUGCCCACCUGCAGUAACGAAUAAGUCUGAAGUUGAGACAACCACCAUGGUAAUCUCUCGUUUGUGGGGUGGCCUUAUAUACAUCAUAAUGCCAAAGCAGAACACGCUAGGCCAAAUAUCAGUCACAAUUAGAGGUGUGCAGGCUCCAUUCUUCAGGCUUAAGAAAACUGACAUUUCUGUCUGGCAGUCAACCAUCCAUCAGUUCCCUGCCCCCUGGGCUGAGUUGGCCGCAGAGAACAUCCUCCUAACAGUACCAGCUGGUGAUGUGCACCAAAUGGACAACCCAGACAGUCUGCUUGCCAUCUGGGACAAGAUGAUGACUGCAAUAGCCAGACUGGCAGCCAUCCCAGCAACUUUUCCAAGGCCGGAGAGGAUGGUGGCAGAUGUCCAGCUAUCUAAUGGAAAGUACAGUUGGAUGCAUGCUGGCUAUCCAGUCAUACAUCAUUUGGAGUCUGUGACAGAGAUGGUAGAUGCGCAGUCCAUUGGAGUCAAUGGCCUUUGGGGUGCCAUUCAUGAGCUGGGCUACAACCAGCAAUGAUCUGAAUGGGAGUUUCCCCCUCACACCACUGAGGUCAUCUGCAAUUUCUGGUCUGUUUAUGUGAAUGAGACUGUGUUGGGGAUCCCAAGAGAUAAGGCCCACAAUGCACUUGCAUUACAACUUAGAAAGAAGAGAAUUCAAGAUUAUGUUAAAAGAGGAGCACAGUUGAAGUACUGGGAAGUAUUUCCUGCACUGGAGACCUACCUGCAGCUGCAAGAGUUCUUUGGAUGGGAAGCCUUUCAAGUGUUUUCUGAAUCCCAAAAUAUGUCUGCACUCCCAGAUGGUGACUCAAAAGUGAAUCUGUGGGCAGAAACUUUUCCUCAGCUGGUGAAGAUGAAUUUGAUUCCAUUCUUUAAGGACUGGGGAUGGUCAAUAAAGGAUAGCCAGCUGCCUUUGCCUGCAGCAACCUAA